CGACAGCAGCCGCGGAGGUCACUUCCUGCUCGGGUGGAUGAGGAGGAGCCGGCGACGCCGCGGAGGAGACGGGACCGACGAGCGACCGCGCCGGGGAGAGGAGGGUGAAAAUGAAAGCAGGCUGUAGCAUCGUGGAAAAGCCAGAAGGAGGUGGAGGGUAUCAGUUCCCGGACUGGGCCUAUAAAACAGAGUCGUCCCCAGGCUCCCGGCAGAUCCAGCUGUGGCACUUCAUCCUGGAGCUGCUGCAGAAGGAAGAGUUCCGCCAUGUCAUCGCCUGGCAGCAGGGAGAGUACGGGGAGUUCGUCAUCAAGGACCCAGACGAGGUGGCGCGCCUCUGGGGCCGCAGGAAGUGCAAACCACAGAUGAAUUAUGACAAGCUGAGCCGGGCCCUCAGAUACUAUUACAACAAGAGGAUCCUUCAUAAAACAAAAGGAAAAAGAUUCACUUACAAGUUUAAUUUCAACAAGCUGGUGAUGCCCAACUACCCAUUCAUCAACAUUCGGUCAAGUGGUGUGGUUCCCCAGAGUGCGCCACCAGUGCCCACAGCUUCUUCCCGCUUCCACUUCCCCCCUCUGGAUACCCACUCCCCCACCGGGGACGUGCAACUGGGCCACUUCUCUGCGGGCCCCUUGAGCACUUCUGGCCAGGAGCCAGUGAACGGCAGCGAGAGAAAGGGGGAGCUGCCCGAGCUGGAGGACGCCUCGGCCACUGACUGGCGCCGGAACGUGGAGCUCAUGUCCUCCCGGAAUGCUGUCUCCGGAGGAGGGAUCGGCCCCCAGAAGCGCAAGCCUGACAUCAUGCUUCCCCUGUUCAGUCGGCCCGGCAUGUACCCUGACCCCCACAGUCCCUUUGCCGUGUCUCCGGUCCCUGGCCGAGGAGGGGUCCUCAACGUCCCGCUCUCACCAGCUCUCUCCCUGACGCCCACCAUCUUCUCCUACAGCCCGUCCCCAGGCCUCAGCCCCUUCACCAGUAGCAGUUGCUUCUCCUUCAAUCCGGAGGAAAUGAAACACUACCUGCAUUCUCAAGCCUGCUCCGUGUUCAACUACCACCUGAGUCCCCGGACCUUUCCCCGCUACCCGGGCCUCAUGGUCCCCCCGCUGCAGUGCCAAAUGCACCCCGAGGAGUCAGCCCAGUUCUCCAUCAAGCUGCAGCCCCCGCCCGUGGGGCGGAAGCACCGCGAGAGGGUGGAGAGCAGCGAGGAGGCCGCCCCCGCCGUCACCACCCCUCCUGUGGCUCCUGUGCCCCCAAGAAUCAAGGUGGAGCCAGCCCCCGAGAAGGAAGCCGAGAGCCCCCGGCAGUGUGCCGGCCAGAAGGAGGGCUGCCCCCAGGACGAGGGCGCCGCGCCCCACAGGACCAGGGAGGAGGGGGAAGGUGCUGUUUUUGCCCGCCCAGCCGCACCUCCUGUCUGGCCAGCCGUGCCCCUUGGCACCUCCAGUGAAGAACCCUUGGAAGUGGCGGAAGACAGUGAGGACAGGCCUGGCAAAGAGGCCAGCGCCCCCGAGAAGAAGGAGGAUGCCCUGAUGCCGCCAAAGCUGCGCCUAAAGCGGCGCUGGAACGACGACCCCGAAGCCCGAGAGCUGAGCAAGAACGGCGGCAAGUUACCCUGGAGCAGCCCCGGGGCCCAGGGCCUGGCCACAGCAGCGGCAGACGCCUAAGAGCCAUAGCAUUCGGCGCUGUUGAUACUAGAACCCAACGCAUUCGUGUAUUUAUGUAGCGAGGUCGGGGGGUGGGGGGCGGGGGAGGGAGUUAGGUUGGUUUGAUCAUUCUAGAGGCAUAGACUUAUAUUUUUAUGUUAGGGGAAGGGACGGGGCGUCUUCUGUUGUAAAUUAGGUGGGACAUGAACACACUUUCUUUCCUGGUGAGCAGGCCACGGCUAGGGGGUGAGUGGAGAGGAGAUGGAGCCUCUGAUUCCGGUGGAGGCUCCCCCUUCUGACACUCCCAGGGGGCCAGGCUCAUUGGCCCGCCAUUGUUCAGGUUCCAGGUUCCUUUCUAUUGUAUUUAUAUAGGGAAAGCCAUCGAUGAAUUUCUCUUGCUCUGAUGAGUUUCUCUGGCUCCGACAGAGACCUCACCUCAAAAGGGGAAAGGGCGUGCUUGGCCGAGCAGUGAGAGACCAUGAAGACUGAGCCUGAAAUGUUUCAUGAUACUAAUCAUCUCAGACUGGCUGGGUGUGGGGGCGGUUCAGAUGUUGUUCCUUUCUCUCUUUUUUUCCCCUUGUUUUACUUUAUUGUUGUUUGGCUCCCCACACCCCUUUCCUUUUUGAAAACCCCCGGUUUCAGGAGACGUGGCACACUGCCAGGGUGGGCGGACAGGGCUGAUGCCGGGGCUGCCUGCGGCCGAGACCAGGAAGCCCCACUGAGAAUUUCUGGGACUUUUCACCAAUUCAGAAGCCAUGAGGAGUUGUAAACUCUUGUUCAGGGAAGAAAGAAAAGGGCAGAAGGAAGUAACCCAAUGCCUUUAAGAACAAAACAAAAAAUGAUGUUCGCUUUUUCUUUCCAUUGUAUGUUUGGGGAGCCAAACCAAAGUGGGACUGUGAUCACGUCGGCUGAAGAGGGGGCCAGGGGUCCGUCUCUGCACUGUGUCUGGUCUGUCCGCUGUUCUGAAGUCAAGCCUUAACGAUGAACACACUUUAACAAGAUACGGGUCCGACACCAACCACCUGGAAAAGGGGUGUGGGCAGUUUUUCCCACACUCCAGGAUUAUUGAAACAUGGGUCCAUUUGAAGGUGGCACUUUAGCCAUCAUCCCCUCUCGCUGUUACUGGCAUGGGUAGCAGGAAGCAGAGCUGUGGAAGUGACGGGCAGGUGAUAGCUGGGGGCGAGGAAGGUAGCUGGGGAUGCAGAUGGAUGUUCAUUAUGAUUGAAGGGAGAGGUGGGCUGGAGGCAGUCUGGUAAGAGAGAGUUGAGUGUUGUGUCGAGGGGUUACCAGCUUCACUAUGCCCAUUUCUUUGCCAUGUUCAUGCUCCACCCAGUUCUCAUGCUCCCUCAACAUGUGCCCCAGGAGACUGCAGUUUACAGACAGUUGUUUCCUUAUGGGAAAUGCCCUUCUAUCAACCUUGGAACAGCAGGGAGGUGUUGGUCUUACAUGAAGCAAAAGUGGACUAGUAGGGCAAAAAGAAGCUGCAGCUCUGUGUGUGUGUGUGUGUGUGUGUGUGUGUGUGUGUGUGUGUGUGUGUGUGUGUGUGUGUAGCUAAUAGUACAUGGAUGUACCUAAUGAGGCACAGAAAGAAGCCGGCAUCAUGGAGAUCCGGUUCAGAUCAGCCUGGCAUCAGGGAGAAGAGAAAUUCGUAUCUUUGGGGCAAGGAGCCAGGCACAGGGAUACUGUGUAGGAGCAAUUCCCAUCUCCACCUAAAUGGACUCUGCAUCCUGAGAAGACUGCGGGGUUGUCUUUUUUUCCUGUGGAAGGAGAGUGAUCCUUGGCAUAUGUGCAUGUGAAAGGGACUCUGGAGGUUAGAGCAGGUGGGCGAGUUUUAGAUGACCUGACUUGAGUUCGUCUUGCUGUUUGGGACAAUUGUCCUUCCUGUCAUUUUGAUUCAGAUGCCACAAGUGACUGGUCUUUCCCUGGGUACAGGAUGAGAGGAGUCCCUUGUAACUCAGACCUUGACCAGGCUGCCUUUAGUUGGUUGUUUUUGUCAGUUUCUCUAGCACCUCAACUUACCUCGAAUCAGAAAGCUAGUCCAGGCAGGAGGAAGAGGGAAUCUCUGCUUGGCAUUGCCUGAUCUAACCAGGGAGGCUGGCUGGCCAGCCCCCCGCCCUCUGUCCACUAGAGGGGAGCUGGCAAGUGUCGGUAUGAACUCAGGAAUAGAAACAAGAGGCCUUUAAAAUGAGAGGGAGCAAAAUCCAUGAUGCAUACUUGUAACCCCCUAGAACCCAAGUGCCAGAAUUCAUUCCUAGAUGCUGCUUUUGUCUGAACAAAAAGUCACUGCUUUUACACUUGAAGAAAACACACUCAAAAACUGUUGAACUCCAGAGAGCAAUGUUUUGGGCUUUAGGAUAUUGGGGCCAGGGAUGUGACUCAGCAGUAAUUCACAUGCCUUGCGUACGUGAGACCUGCGUACAAUCCCCAGCACCCCAAGAAAAAGCGGGGGGGAAGUUUGGUGUUUAGCUGUUUCCUCUGAUUGCCAUUCCACCAGUAUAAAUUGCUGAUUGAUUUGCACUGCACCCCAGGACUGGAGUUCAGGGGUGGUCCUUAGGAAGAGGGGUACUUGGACUUUCUUGGUACAUGGGCCUGGGGGUAGUAGAGGCCAUUUCUCAGAUGUAGGAGGUAGUAUCCCCCCCACCCACUCGUGACAGUACCUGUCACCUGCCUAGGACAGAAUCAGACCUUCUGCAAACAUCUUGUCCAUCUUCAGCAGCAGAUGAGGAAGGGGAAUGGAACGAUUUAUUCUUUUCCCCAGUUUUUCCAAUUUUGCUAUGCCAAAUGUAUAAAACUUUGCAAACAAAAAUUUUGUUAGCCAAGAGCUUGUUUAUCAUAGGUUGCUUCUUUGACUAUCAGAAAAUAGUUGGGGGGCGGGGGGGAGGAACUUUUUAGGGAUUCCAGCCUUACUGAGUCUUGUUUUUAAUAGAAUCGCUAGAAAUAAAAUAUAAACAAUUCAUCAAGUCCCUUCAAGCUGCACUGCAUUAACCCCAUAUAGGGUUGUUCCCUAGUCCUCCGUGGGCCAAGAAAAUUUCUAAAGCAUUAAAUACACAUACACCCCAAGCAGAUAGUGACUGUUCCUGUAUUUUUAUUUAUUCCAUAAUUAUGUGUGUCCUUUUGGUUACGUCAACAGUAGUGGAACACGAUAUUUUAAUUUUGUUUGAAAGAAUUUUAAACCAGUCUUUGAAAGAUUGCUUCCUUUUUUUGUUUUGGGGGAGGGGGACAGUGGGACAAAGUCACAAGGUUAAUUUGUCUUGAAAUAUAUAGAUAUUUGAGUUACAAAAUUGUGAGGCAGGGAUUUGUGACUGAGGCAUUCACAAGUGAAAGAUGACUUCACUAGUUACUUGCUUAAGCAGAUUUAUGUGUGUAUAUGUACAUAAAAUGUAAGUACUCUGAACUCCAUUGUGCAGUGCCUUUUAGAUGUUCCGCUUUCUAUAAAGUCUUCAAUUUUUUGCAUAUAUAUUAUAUAUAUGAUGUAAUGUUAUAGAAAUAUAUGUAUAAUAUACAUAUUUUUUCCAGGGGUAUCUGAUAGCUCUGUAUUUUGUUAUGGAAGUUGAAAGAAAAAAGUAUUUUACCUCAAAAAUUAAAGUUAAAUAAAAAA